AUGUUCAGAGAAGCCCUAAGGACCAUCGGCGUAGGAUCGGCUCCUCCAGAAUUCGUCCACCCAGCGCACAAUGUGACAGUCGUAGAGGGUCAGGAAGUCACGCUUAUGUGCUCCGUCAGCAGUCUGAAGGAUUAUAAGCUCGCCUGGGUGCACGAAGAAUCCCAAACUAUCCUGAGCAUCGGACGGCACUUGUAUACCCGGAUCCCACGCCUGAGUUUGCACGCCGACCAUCACUCCGCCGCCCUCACUGUGUCCCCUGUGCUUUCCACGGACAGGGGCUGGUACAUGUGCCAGCUCAACACCAACCCCAUGACCUACACGAGGAGCUACCUGCAGGUCCUGGUUCCUCCUACGCUGGAGGACUGGUCGGGGUCCUACGUGGAGGUGCGAGAAGGAGUGUCUGUUCGCCUGACCUGCAACGCCCGCGCCUUCCCUCCUGCUCUUACGACCUGGAGGAGGAGCGACGCCGAACCCAUAUUCCGCACGCCGAAAACAGGUAAUAUUUUGGAAUACAAAAAUAAGAAAUCUAGACCCGACAACAAGAAGGGUUAA